AUGAAUUCUAUAAUAUUUGGAUUGUUAGUCGCCAUUUUGUCGGUUAACUCUGCAUUUUCGCAAGGAGUUAAAUUAAAAUUGCUGAAUCUAAAAAUGGAUGUCCCAUCAAGUCCGUAUUUCGAAAACUGGUCAGGUGAAAUAGUUAAUGACAAUACUUUGUCAUUAAAAACUCCAGUGAAGAAGGACCUUCCUGAGGAUAUGAGGUUAUCAGCUAUCAUCGAAUUCGACGGAAACGUUGUUGGAGAUACUGAUAUGACUGUUUGCGAGGCAUUUGAUGAUGAAACAAUCGGUAAAGAUCUUUUGGCCAAAGGAAUUCCCGAUGGCAAAUUCCCUAAAAAUUGUCCCGUUAAAGCAGGAAACGAUCUUGAAAUAAGCAAAUAUGUAAUUGAAAAAGAAAAAGUUCCUGACAGCGCUCCGGACGGUCCUUUCAAAGUUGAUGUUACUAUCUACAUGCCAGACCAGGAUCCUAUUGUUAAAAUCCAUGUCGAUGGAGAAAUCAGUCAUGAUCUGCAAGAUAAGCUAGAAAAUAAAUAUAUAAACUCCCGAGAAGCAUCUGUUAAUAUUAUAAUCAGCUUACGUGUCAAGAAAAUGAAGCUGCAGUCAAUUUUGGUCUUGUCGGCCAUUUUGUCGACGAACUUAGUCCUGGGUAAUGACCCCAUGGCAAAAAUAAAAGUGGAUAAAAUAAUUGUAAACUCAUUACCAAACCCGUAUUAUGAUAAAUGGACAGCAGAAUUUUAUAGUCCCGGUGACAUAAUUUCUGCUAAAUUACCGCUGAAGAAAGAUCUACCAGAAACAAUCAUGCCUACGGCGCAGUUUAAAUUUAACGUUAUUACGGUCAAGACUGUAGCAGGCAAUCCGUACUUUGAUGAGAUGACUGCUAAGAUAGACAGCCCUGACACAGUCAGUUUUAAAACACCUGUGAAGAAAGAUUUGCCGGAUAAUAUAAUGCUAACAGCUGUAGCUCAAUUUGCCGGAGCUCCUCUAGGAGAUUUUGAAGUAUCACUUUGCGAGGCAUUCGAAAACGAUCCCCACGGAAAAGAAUUCUCGUCACAUGGACUCCCUAAGGGAGUUUUUCCCGAGUUGUGUCCAGUAAAAGCUGGUAGCGACUAUGAAUUAAGCAAGAUCAAGGUUGAGAAUGACCAAAUACCUCCCGGAUUCCCGGAUGGCGAUGUUGUCCUUGAUAUAACCUUAUUUGAACCUGGAAACGAUCCGUAUGUUACAGUUCAUAUUGAAGGAGCUUUGAGUCACUCAGUACCUGGAGUACCCGGAAUUGGACGUUAA